AUGGCAAGAAAAACGACAAGUGUUGAGUGCUCGGGAACGGACGGAUCGGCCACGAAUAGAACGGUUUCGGAAACGGAAACGAGUCCGAUGGAGUAUCAAACGAUACAGAGUCCGAGGUAUGGAGUUGUCAAGGUCUCUCCGAAUCUGCGAACGCACAAUAUCGGGUAUGCGCUCUUGACCGUGCAGAGAGCAAAGAAGAUAAGAGGGCGGAGGGGAAAAGACAAAUAACGGGUCACUCUUCGUCUGUUUUCAUGCGAGAAACAGUGCUAGGCCUCCCUUUUUUGCCAUUCUUCCCCGUCCGCUCCAAUGUCCACACUGACGCUCGUCGACAAUGAGUGAGUUGUUUUUGACAAGAGCUUUCAUGCACUUUAUGUCCGCAAACCUCUUUUUUUUGCACAAAAAUGGUAAACAUUCCGGUGGGCAAAACAUGCGAAAAACUCUGUGGUUUCUGCCCAAAGUCGGGACUACCUUUGUGCAACCCAAUCCGUUCUCAGUUGUAUUCCAUUUCCGUUUUGCUCAGAUGGACUGCCUCGACGUCACACGUGGACGAGCAUGAAGAUGCUCCCGGCGAAACGACGACGAUGCUCGGAUUCGCCUCGUUUCUGAUAGCCGUCAAAUCGGUCACUUUCAUCAUUUAUCUCGUUCUUCUCAUCGUAUCAGGUUCGUUUUGACACCCAAUCCGAUUGAACAAAUCCUGAUUUUUCCAGAAAUCCUGCUCGAUCGUUCCUUUUUCUUCACAAUUCUCGCAUUCGGAGUAGCUGAGUUUGCGCUGAUCGGAAUAACAAUCUAUCAUGGAAUCCGGCCUACUUUGAGUAAGAUCUUAGAAUCGUGUAUACAAAAAAACCAUUUACUUUCACAGAAGUCGUAUUCGUGAUGUUGGGAUUCGAGAUGACCCUCACACUUGUCAAAAUGGUCUUCGCGAUCGUUUUGAUGGCGUACGAUGGAGGGAAGGACUGUUAUAAGUGAGUUCAAGACGCUUUUUCUGAUCUUUCCAAGAAUCCACGUGCAGAGACGAUCCGUGUUCGAUCCUGAGAAUCUCGGUGCAAGAGAGGUUCUAUCUGUUCUUCUUCAUCAUGUUCACCGCAUUCGCCGACAGUCUCAUUGCUCUUCUCACCAUUUCGGUACUCUUUCCUCCGUUAGAUUCCCAUCCGAAACUCUAAUUUUUAAUUUCCAGAACUCUCCACAAAUGCACGAGUUCGAGAUGGGCGACGAUUAUCUUUUCUGA